AUGUCCCAAACCGCCCCCGAUGCCUCCGCCCAAGUCGCCAGGCACUCCUCCUCCCAUCCCGCCAGCGCCGCCGAACUCGCCGGUCUUAAGGUAAAGCUGCGCGGCGCCCUUCGCCAGUUCCCGGACUUCCCCUCCAAGGGCAUUCUCUUCGAGGAUAUCCUGCCCAUCUUCGCCGAUGCGUCCCUGCAUGAGGCUCUCAUUCGUUCCCUCGAGCUGCACAUCCUUGGGGCCUACGGUGGUCAGAAGCCCGAUGUUAUCGUGGGUCUUGAGGCCCGUGGCUUCCUGAUCGGCCCUAGCCUGGCUCUGCGCCUCGGCGCCAGCUUCGUCCCCGUGCGCAAGCAGGGCAAGCUCCCUGGUCCCUGUAUCACUCAGGGCUACGAGAAGGAGUAUGGCGAGGAUUUCUUCCAGAUGCAGUCCGACUCCAUCAAGCCUGGUCAGAAGGUUGUUGUCGUUGACGAUAUCAUUGCCACUGGUGGCUCCGCUCUUGCUGGCGGUCAGAUGAUCCAGAAGAUGGGCGGUGACCUGCUCGAGUUCAUCUUUAUUCUCGAGCUCGAGUUCCUCCACGGCCGCGACAAGCUCCCCGCUCCCGUUUACACCCUCCUCUCGGGCCAGGCCUAA